UUCCAUCACUGAGGAGUUCAUGAAACGAAGGUUCUACUGGGUUUAAAAUAUUACUGCUUUCUUUAUUUGUUAUUUAUUUUCCACUUGGCGAUGUUUAGUGCUGUAAAUAAACUUUUGGAUAUCGACGAACAUCAUUUCCCACAGGAGAUGUUUUAUUUGAUUUCGGAGUCUCACAACGACGGUAGCUUUUUCUUACACCAUUUUUUGACCUAUUAUCUUAAAGCCGGUUAUAAUGUGGUAUUUGUUGCCCUUGUCCAAUCUUUUGCCCAUUACAGCUGUGUAGCUCAAAAACUGGGAGUUAAUCUAAAUGCAUUUACUCAAAAUGGCAAGCUAGUGUUUGUAGAAGGUCUAAAGCUGGCUCUUGAAAAUUUGAAAACGGUUGAUGUAACUGAAAAUAAUCCAUUGUCUUAUUUAACGUCAAAAGACCCUAAGUUUUCUUUGAAAAUGUUGUACAAGAUGAUUGAAAGCAAAAUAUGCUCAUUGAAUGAAGGUCAUCCAUAUCUCAUGAUGAUAGACGAUGUUUCUGUAUUCCUUAGUCUUGGUGUUUCAACUGUCGAUAUACAGGAUUUUCUUCAUUAUUGUCAGAUUGCUGUGUUUUCACCAGGAAGGGCUGGGUGUAUGGUGAUUUUAGUCCAUGCAGAUGCAAAUGAUGAAGACAGCGAUGAAGAACUUCUUCAAAAAAUGUUGAUGUAUAAAUGUGAUGUUCAGCUUCAUGUUACAGGACUCAAAUCAGGAUAUUGUAGAGAUGUCCAUGGUCAGAUUGAAGUAAUCAAUCACAGAGUUGCAUUAACCAGAGGUUGUCCAUCAGAGAAGAUUGUUCAAUAUAAAAUUACCAAUAAAGAUGUAUUGAUUUUUGCCCCUGGCAAUUCAACUGCUGUACUUUGAGGAGUGUCAUUAGAUGAAUAUAAACACCAAGAUGUGAGCUGUUUUAUUUUCUGAUUGUCCAAAGAUCCGUCAUUGCCUUCAAUGAAAUGUCUCAACUGUGGAUCCAUGUGAAAAGCAUCCAAUUUACAGACCACCAUAUCAUUAAAAUUGCGUGAAUCCAAAUUGCCAAGUCGAACAUUUGUGUAGAGAAGUAAACGGUUAUCAAAGGUAACAUAUAAGAAACAUGGAGUAUGUUCUUCUUUUACACCAAUGGAAUAGUAACCUAAAUUUGAGGAACAUUUAAAUUUCACAAUCCAAAGAAAAAACAAUUUUGUUUUCAAAUUGAAAAAAAUUGACAGAUUAUACCUGCACAAAAUGCUGAAAUAUCUUUUCCUAACUUGAAAUUAAUGAUGUUGUUAUAUUUGUCAAUGAUAAAAGUUUCUCCAUCACAGGAACAGAAAAUCAGCUCAUCAUUUUCAUCAUCUAAACAAAAAUUUAUUUGCACAUCGUAUCCAUCAAUACUUGCACAUAAGAAACAAGACUGAAAAACAAGAAACUCCGAUCUCUUAAUCUCUUUUCUAUAGGCAUGGUUAAUUGAUAAAAACAAUGAAUGCAUAUCAUACCAGUUACGUUUAAUUUUUGAAUGGUAAAUAUAUUCUCCAUCAAA